AUGGUGUUGCUUCUCCCCUGGCUCUUCAUUAUUCUAUGGUUAGAAAAUGUCCAAGCUCAACUUGAAGAUGAAGGCAACUUCUACUCUGAAAAUGUCAGUCGGAUUCUUGACAACUUGCUGGAAGGCUAUGACAACCGACUACGGCCAGGAUUUGGAGGUGCUGUAACAGAAGUCAAAACAGACAUCUAUGUGACCAGCUUUGGGCCUGUGUCAGAUGUGGAGAUGGAGUAUACAAUGGAUGUUUUCUUCCGCCAGACUUGGACUGAUGAGAGGCUGAAGUUUAAAGGCCCUGCUGAGAUUCUGAGCUUAAAUAACUUGAUGGUCAGUAAGAUCUGGACUCCUGACACUUUUUUCCGGAAUGGGAAAAAGUCAAUUGCUCACAACAUGACCACCCCUAACAAGCUCUUCCGAUUAAUGCAGAAUGGAACAAUCCUGUACACUAUGAGGCUUACCAUCAACGCAGAUUGUCCUAUGAGACUGGUUAACUUUCCUAUGGAUGGGCACGCUUGUCCACUCAAGUUUGGGAGCUAUGCUUACCCUAAAAGUGAAAUCAUAUAUACAUGGAAAAAAGGACCACUUUACUCGGUAGAAGUCCCAGAAGAAUCUUCCAGCCUCCUCCAGUAUGAUCUAAUUGGGCAAACAGUUUCUAGUGAGACUAUUAAAUCUAACACUGGUGAAUAUGUAAUAAUGACAGUUUAUUUCCACUUACAAAGGAAGAUGGGCUAUUUCAUGAUACAGAUAUACACUCCGUGCAUCAUGACAGUCAUUCUUUCUCAAGUGUCUUUUUGGAUUAACAAGGAGUCAGUCCCAGCAAGAACCGUCUUUGGAAUCACCACUGUUUUAACCAUGACCACGUUAAGCAUCAGUGCUCGGCACUCUCUACCCAAAGUGUCCUAUGCAACCGCCAUGGAUUGGUUCAUUGCUGUGUGCUUUGCUUUUGUCUUUUCUGCUCUCAUUGAAUUUGCAGCUGUCAACUACUUCACCAAUCUCCAGUCACAGAAGGCUGAAAGGCAGGCACAAAAGGCAGCCACGCCCCCUGUGGCAAAGCCAAAAGCAACUGAAUCCCCGGAAGCUGAGAUUGUUGUGCAUUCUGACUCCAAGUACUAUCUGAAGAAGAGAAUCAGCUCUCUGACUUUGCCCAUUGUUCCGUCUUCUGAGGCCAGCAAAGUUCUCAGUAGAACGCCCAUCUUACAAUCAACGCCUGUCUCUCCCCCAUUGCUCUUACCAGCCCCUGGGGGCACCAGCAAAAUAGAUCAGUAUUCUCGAAUUCUCUUCCCUGUAGCAUUUGCAGGAUUCAACCUUGUGUACUGGAUAGUUUACCUUUCCAAAGAUACAAUGGAAGUGAGCAGUACUGUUGAGUAA